AGCAUAAAAGAAUUCAAAACAAAGAAAAGAAAAUUUUUGCAAAAGAGAUUCGCCAAAUAAUUCGAUAAAAGAAACAAGAGUCAGUUUUUAUAACAAUGAACAGCUCAUGGAUUGAAGAAACACAUGGUGACGCAUUGGAAUUGGAUGCAGACGAAGAGAUCUUUAAUCAAUUUGAUGUUAUACUGACCCGUGUGCCAGCUUCACAUAUUAACGAAAUCAACGAAGUUGGAGUUAUUUUCAUCUUUAAGAAACAACAAAGUUAUUUCAUCGAAUGGAAGCCAAAUGAGAAUGUUGAAAUUGCUGGUGCUGAAAUUGCAGAAGAUGCAAUUGACGAAUGGAGCAUUAUUAAUCAAAUCACAUUUAAGCCAGCUGCAGAUUCCAUCAGUAUUCUCUCUCCAAAAUUGAAGAAUCUUCGGAUUCCGCUUCCAGACAUUCAACAGCUAAAAGUUCAAGGUCCAGAGUUGAAAUUGUACAAUAGAAAUGAUCAACACUUAGUAACUUAUAAUUUUAAGCGAUCAACACCAGCUUCAUUUAUAAGAGUUCUUCAGAAUUUCCGUUUGCUUAAGCCAAGUGUACAUGACAGAAAUUGUUAUCUCAUUAAAGAUCCGGAAUUUGAAAAACUCCAAAGAUCAUUCGCUGAAUUAAACAUCGAAGAAAUUAAAACAGCGAAAUCACCACCACGACCAUUUUAUGCACACGGUUACGAACUUCUUUCACAAAUUGGUAAAAACGUUCUCGGCAAUCGAAAUGAUCGAAUUUCGCAUCAAAAUCGUCCCGGUGCUUAUCGAUUUGAAAUGGGAUCUGACACUUUAUCAAGCAACGAUACGAGUCCUGAGAUGGACAAUAAAACUGAAGUAGUUGAUAAUAAUGUAAUUGAAGAGAGACUUCCAUUAAGGCAGAUAAAGAAACGUGACAGUCCAUUGUCAUUGAAACAAUGGCGUGAAUUUAAAACUGAAGAUGGGCGAGUUUCUGAUCCAGAAAGAAUUAAGGAAAUUAUUUUUCGUGGCGGUGGUGAACCUUCAUUAAGAGCUGAAUUGUGGAAAUAUUUACUCAAUUAUGACAUGUGGGAGCAUUCGAAAAUUGAACGUGAUGAAAGACGAAAAGAUCUUGAGGAAGAAUAUUAUCGAAUGAAGUUACAAUGGACGACAAUGUCGAAGAAUCAAGAAAAAAAUCAUUCAGGAUAUCGAGAUCGAAAAUGUCAGAUUGAGAAAGAUGUGAAGCGAACUGAUAGAAAUCUUGAUUUCUACAAUGGUGACGAUAAUCCCAACAUCGAGAGACUUCAAGCAAUCUUAUUGACUUACGUGAUGUACAAUUUCGAUAUUGGAUAUGUUCAGGGAAUGAGUGACUUGUUGUCGCCAAUUCUUUAUCUUAUUGAUGACGAAGCUGCUUCUUUUUGGUGCUUUGUAGGAUUUAUGGAGAAAGUCUUUAGAAAUUUCGAUGAAGAUCAAGCUGGAAUGAAGAAUCAACUUUCAAAACUUCGAACAUUGAUGGAGUUUGCAAAUCCUAAAUUAUUUAAAUAUUUAAAAACCCACGACUCUGACAACAUGUACUUCUGCUUUAGAUGGCUGCUUGUUUGGUUUAAACGUGAAUUUUCUCAUGAUGAUAUUCUUAAGUUGUGGGAAGUUUUGUGGACGUCAAUGCCUUGCAUGAAUUUCCACAUGUUCAUUGGAUUGGCGAUUCUCGACAGUGAAAUGAAGACUAUAAUUGAGAAUGAGUACGGAUUUACAGAAAUCUUGAAGCAUGUCAACGAUCUUAGCGAGAAAAUGAACUUGCAGCAUAUUCUAGAAGUGGCUGAAGCGAUUUAUUAUCAAGUCAUAAAUUCAAGUAAACUUGUUGAUCGUGUACGAAUCAUUGUUGGAUUAGAUCCAAUAAACACAUACGGCGACGAUCCAUAUAACAGCGAUGACGAAGAAGAAGCUCAAAUUAAGAGAGAACAAGAAAUGAAACUUAAAGUGGAAAUUGAUCAUUCAAGAUUUGUUGAAGAAACGUGCGAUAAUGCUUUGGAUCAGAAUUAUUUUUAGUUUAAUUUAAUUAAUUCACCCAUGAUGAGAUAGAAAACUUUUCUUCUUAAUUUCCUAAAUUUUCAACAACAAACAUGCAGCUUUUUAUUAUUCUUUAGUUCUUGUGACAAGACAUGUAUCUAAAUCAGCACUUGAAAGUGAUAAAUUCUCAGAGAAUGUGAAACAAUUUCAAGUUUUGAUUCUUAAUGUUUUUCUUUAUAAAAGUGAAACCUGUAAUUAUUGUGGUCAAUUAUUUAUUCAAGUUUUCAUUGCACAAAAUCAUUCUUAGUGUCAAAAAUGUAGAAAAGAGAUUAAAGUUAUGAUCACAACAUUUAUUUUUAUUUAUUGUACAUCAUAUUGUACAGUGAAUUCUCAAUGAAAUGAAAAAUCUCUCUUACCGAGAGUUCACUGUAAAAGGAAAAUUUUCCAUCACAAUUUUCUUUAGAAACUGUUUGUCUAAUGAAUGUGAUCAGCUAUGGUUAAUGGAAAGUGAAAUAAAUAAAGGAACUUGAAUAUUUUUAUAGAA